AAUGAUAUGCAUAAAUUUGUUUAAACGAUUUAAAUUUUCAUUUUAACGUCAGUUGAAGGUAACCUCUCUAUGACUGAAAAAAAGGUACCCGAGAAAAAGUGCGUCGUUGGUUCUUCAAUACCGAAAAUGAAUUGGUGUGAUAGGACAUUUGACUGCUUAGACUUGACGGAUGAAUUGUCAUGUCAGAACAAAAUUAAAGAUCACAAUCUCACGAUAAUUGGCAAACCAAUGAUGCAAUCUUAUUUACCUAAACGACUUAUUCGCGAGGCAUAUUUCACCUGUGAACAUAGCAAAGAGUGGAUAUCUACCUUAGCUAAAUGUGAUAACGUCAUAGAUUGUCUCGAUGCUUCAGAUGAAGUCAAUUGUUCUCACGAUAAAAUUGGAUGUGAUGACAACGAAUUCUCUUGUGAUGGUGGACAUUGUAUUAAAUUAAGUAACGUGUGCGAUUUUAUAUCUAACUGUGCGGACGGUACAGAUGAAAUAUGUGAAUACCAAAACUGUGAUAAAGAUGAAUUUCCUUGUGAUAAUAAACAGUGCAUUCCAUCAGAAAAACACUGUAAUGCUAUACCUGACUGUUUCGAUUAUAGCGAUGAAGAAAACUGUGAGUCCUGCACAGAUUCAGUUUUGUGUUCUAGUGAUAACAAAUGUAUUCCUCUUCGUCUGAAGUGUGAUCAAUACCCUGACUGUACGGACAGCAGUGAUGAAUUUGCUUGCCAUUCAGACAUUCCAACAUCUGCCGAUUUUAGCGAUGAAUAUAUUUCUCUGACAAGAUGGAAAGAUAAUGGUAUCAGUUUUGACUAUCAACCAAUAGGAAAGGAAUCAGGAAGAAUAGCUGUUUCAUUUCGUGAAUUAGUCUCGAUUCAUUACUUUCAUUUGACGGGUUAUUCGUGUUUUUUUCGGGAAAAAACAUAUUGUCAACUUAAAUUCCGUGAAGCGGCAGUUGUUGACAAUUUUAAUGACAACUUUGCAUAUCCGUUUUGUAACUGCACAGAAGAAAAAUCCGGAUUUGUUAAGGGGACAAUAUGCGAUGGAACUGAAAUUGACUGGAACAUAAACCCAGGGUUAAUUGGCACCCAUGACAAGAUACAUGCCAACAUCUCACAGUUUUACGAGCAAUUGCGCUUGCGUCAUUUCGAGACAAGACGCUUAAUGGUGUCCACAAUUACUCCUUAUUGCACGUACGAAUACAAUGUGACCGAAUUUGGUGAGUUCUUUCAUUGUAAAAGAGACGACAAAGCCAUACCAAAGUCGAUGAUGUGUAUAUAUGCCGUUGAUGCCAGCGGUUACAUGACUGGAUGCAGAUCUGGAGAUCAUUUACAACAUUGCGAAAAUUUCACUUGUCCAGCAAAUACAGUCAAAUGUCCAGGAAGUUAUUGUAUUGAACAACGAUUUCUUUGUGACGGACAUUCUGAAUGUCCUGGAGGAGAAGAUGAACAAGACUGUACUUGUGGAGACUCGGAUAGAGAAGUAAUCUUAUUUGUGGAAAAUGAUGACUCUGAGAGCAGGGAAGCAGCAACGCAUUUAGCAAAACAUUUUUUCGCAAACAGUGACAAUAACAUCGUCAGAUUGUUUCUUUUUAAGAUUCUUCAUAGAGAAAUGAAGUUUGACAUAGAUUACAGGUUAUUGGAAAUAAACGUAGAACGUGUAAAAGGAGAAAAGGAAACUGAGGAAACUGGAUGCAAGUUGAAAACAAUGGCAAGAGACUUUCUUAAAAAACUGCAGUUUUCCAAGCCGGAAAAAAGGGCGAUUAUUGUACUGGAAAACAGUAUUGAAUCAUCAGUUGUCGCUAGCCUAGCAUUGUCCAAUAUUUCAGAGCCAUCGUUUUCAAUAUAUCGGUUGAUAAAAGAUUUCAGUUCUUCACUUCAUAAAGAUAACAGAUACAAACAUGUAAAGGAUAUACACAUUAGUAAAUGGAGUUCUCUAUUUUCGAUUGGAUUCAGACGAUUUCCAGAAAUAUGUACAGAGGCUACAAUCGUACCAUGUGCUGGGAAGUACAGAUGUUUGUCUAGUAAGCAAUGUAUACCAUUUGAACAAGUAUGUGAUGAUGUCAUUCAUUGCAGAAAUGGUGAUGAUGAACGACUUUGUAAUUCUGUAUGUCCAGAGAAAUGUAAUUGUACGGGAGAUGUUAUCAAUUGUCAUGCAGCCAAUAUAUCAAUGUCUGACAUUUCAUCAUUGACUGUACAGGCUAGAAGUCUUGAUCUAAGUAUAAAUCCACAAGUUAAAAAAAUACCUGAACAAAAUUUAAAUUUUCCUUACAUGUUACGACUUAAUAUGUCAUCAUGUAGUAUUCAUUAUAUUGAUGGAAGGGCCUUCUUUGACUUGAAACAUUUGUUAUCGUUAGAUCUUAGCAACAAUAGAAUACAGGAAAUAUCUAACCUGGUAUUUAGCAAACUUCGCUACCUAACAUAUUUGAAUCUUGACAGAAAUAAAGAAUUAACAAUGUUUUCACCGACUGCUUUUAAAGGUUUGAAAUCAGUAAGAACCUUAAAAAUUUCCGGCGCAAACCUAAAAAAGAUCACUUCACUUUUAUUCUCUGGCUUGCAGUUUGGCAGUAUCGAUAUUUCUUACAGCAGAAUUGAGGAAAUUGAAGAUUUUGCAUUUAACAAUACGGUAGUUCAUAAAAUUAACUUUGAAGGCAAUAAAGUUAUUAAAUUCGGAGAAUUUUUGUUCUACGGCGUCAGAUCACUUCGGGAGCUUCAUACACCUGCAUUUAAAUUCUGCUGUGUCCGACCUUGUUAUAUUCCUGAAGAACAUUGCAAACCAUUGAAGAAUGAAUUUUCUUCAUGUGAAGACCUGGUGAGAAACUGUGUACUUCAAGCUGUUCUUUGGAUAGUUGGGGUAGCUUCAUUGCUCGGGAACCUAUCGUCAAUUAUCUACCGUCUCGUGUACGAUCGUGAAAGGCUAAAAAUAGGUUAUGGCAUAUUUGUAACUAACCUAGCAGUUGCAGAUUUCCUGAUGGGUGUUUACCUUAUCAUGAUAGCAGUUGCUGAUUUACUCUAUAGAAACAGAUAUAUUUAUGUAGACGAUCAAUGGAGAAACAGUAAUUGGUGUAUUACUGCCGGAGUUUUGUCUACAAUUUCAUCUGAAGCCAGCAUCCUCUUUCUUUGCUUGAUAACAUUAGAUAGACUUUUAGUGAUCAAGUUUCCGUUAGGUACAGUGAGGUUUGGACCUAUGAAGGCCUAUGUCUCUUGUGGAUUGUGCUGGUUCAUUUCAAUCAUCCUAUCGGUCAUUCCAAUUCUUUACACAAGUCACUUCCAAAACAAAUUUUACUCUAGAACAGGAGUUUGUAUUGCAUUGCCUUUAACACGAGAUAAACCUCCAGGAUGGAUUUAUUCUGUGUCAAUCUUUGUCGGCCUGAAUUUUUGUACUUUCAUUCUUGUUGCUGUAGGACAAAUCUCAAUAUUCACAGAACUUCGAAAAUCAACAUCAGCUAUGAAGAAGACACAAAUAUCAAGAAGAC